AUGGCGACGACCCAUGAGAUCCCGGGGGAGCCCACCCACACCAGCACCGCCAUGCUUGAGACCGCCACCGGCGCCAUCCAAUCUUUUGCCCCAGUCAAAAAAAUCCAUCAGCACCUCUGCGCGUACCAUCUCGCUCUCUCUUUCUCUCUCUCGCUCUCUCUCUCUUCUCAUCUUCUAUGGGAUGUGCUGAUGGUGCUGCGGUGGUGGUGUGGUUGUUUCCGUAGGUUCCACUUCUACGCGGACGACACGACCCGGCAGGUGGAGGCUCACCACUUCUGCUCCCACCAGAACGAGGAGAUGCGGCAGUGCCUCAUCUACGACAGCCCCGACUCCACCGCCCGCCUAAUCGGCGUCGAGUACAUUAUCUCCGACACCCUCUUCCUCUCUCUCCCCGACGAAGAGAAGCCCCUCUGGCAUUCCCACGAGUACGAGGUCAAGAGCGGUGUCCUCUUCAUGCCCUCCAUCCCCGCAGUCUUUGAGCGCAUGGACCUCGAGAAGGUCUGCAAGACCUACGGCAAGACCUUCCACUUCUGGCAGGUCGACGGGGGAGACGCGCUGCCCCUGGGCCUCCCUCAGAUCAUGAUGGCCCUCACCGGCGACGGCCAGCUCCGGGAAGACCUCGCCCACUGUAAGCACUCCUCCCUCUCUCUCUCUCUCUCUCUCUCUCCCCCCCCCCUCCCUCCGCUUCAGAGAUUUCGGUGCAUGCAUUUUGGUGAUGUGGAGAGGAUAUCAGCUGUGGAGCAGCGAUUUGGGAGGUCGUUCGCCAAGGAGAGGGAGAGCAGGGCCUACAUGAGAGGGCCGGAGCACGGGAUUCACCCGCUCGCGAACGCUGCAGGGAAGGCCAUCGCGCUGAAGCUGAGGGAGACGGAGCUCCCGCCGGCGGAGCCAGUGCCGAGGGCCCUCGUCUGA